AAUGGUUGCGCACUCGCUGCAGUGAUUGGAAGGUUUUGGUCUGGAAUUAUCUCUUCUCGCGCAGGACUGGGUAUGUGCGCUUGAUCAAAUGACAUAGUCGGAGCCUGAAACAUAGCAAGGAGAGCUGGGCCGAGGUAAAAACAGAAUUUUUGGAAAAUAUACACAACUUCAAUACGAAAUAUAUAGAUAUAAGGGAGUGAUCGCCCGGAACCAAAAGGAUUGGCCACAUCUGCUGGAGAAAAAGGUCUCCAUGGUGCCAUGCUGGAUUUCUGUCUCCACCAUCAAUAUGUUCUCUCUCCCCAUGGAUCUGUAUGACCCCCAGCACCAACUCUGGUCUCUCUACAAGCUUCCUCAACAUGCCCCUGCACCAUGGAUCCCCCAGUGAGGGUUUCCAACCGAGGUAGCCUGUGAGAAGGAAGAUUUUUGUUUUUGUGCCAUCUUACCCAUCCUCCCUCACCCACUUGCCUCACCCUCCCUGUACAUAUUCACCCGUACCUCCACUCCCCCAACGGGGGAAAACUAUGCUUCUGCUCUCCCUGCGCUGAACCAGGAAGGGACAGGACGAGGCACACCAUCAGAGCCCACAGGGGUGACCACCAGUGACCAACAAGCUCCCACAGAGCGCAGUCCAGCCCACUCAGCAAGUCACUGUGCCAAGAUGACAGUGCUUCCCUUUUUCAAUGCUGCGGUGGGAGUCUGGAUCCUACUGGUGAUCAGAGCUGAAGGUAUUCAAACUGGUCAGAAUCCAGACCACAUGCUCCACGGCACCGGGCACAAGCAUGAGUCCAGGAAGCCCGGGGACGACACCACGGUGGCCCCAGAGGACGCCGCCCGCUUUCUGAGCUGCUACUGCUCGGGUUACUGUCCAGAGGACCACAAAAAUAACACCUGCGAGACGAAUGGCCAAUGUUUUGCCAUCAUAGAGGAGGAUGAGAACGGAGAAGCUAUUCUGACCUCUGGCUGCAUGAAGUAUGAAGGCUCACAUUUUCAAUGCAAGGAUUCGCCCAGGGCUCAGACCAGGCGAACGAUUGAAUGCUGCGGGACAGACUUCUGUAAUCGGGACCUGCAGCCCACAUUACCUCCCCCAAUGGACACUGGUUCCUACUUUGGCAGUGCCCACUGGCUGGCGUUCCUUAUAUCAAUGACCGUAUGCUGCUGCACUCUCAUCUGCAUCACAGUAGUCUGUUACUACAGGUACAAGUGGCAGACGGAGCGGCAGCAGUACCACCGGGACCUGGAGCAGGACGAGGCCUUCAUCCCUGUGGGAGAGUCUCUCAAAGACCUCAUCAACCAGUGCCAGUCUUCUGGCAGUGGCUCUGGGCUCCCCCUGCUGGUGCAGCGCACCAUUGCCAAGCAAAUCCAGAUGGUGCGUCAGAUCGGCAAGGGGCGCUACGGCGAGGUGUGGCUGGGCCGCUGGCGGGGAGAGAAGGUGGCCGUCAAGGUGUUCUUCACCCGGGAGGAGGCCAGCUGGUUCAGAGAGACCGAGAUCUACCAGACAGUCCUCAUGAGGCACGAGAACAUACUGGGUUUCAUAGCGGCAGACAUCAAGGGUACCGGGGCCUUCACCCAGCUCUUCCUCAUCACAGACUACCACGAGAACGGCUCCCUGUACGACUACCUGAGGUUCACCACGCUGGACACCCAGAGCCUGCUGCGACUGGCCUACUCCGCCGCCUGCGGCCUGUGUCACCUCCACACGGAGAUCUACGGCACCCAGGGCAAGCCGGCCAUCGCCCACCGAGACCUGAAGAGCAAGAACAUCCUGAUGAAGAAGAACGGCACCUGCUGCAUCGCUGACCUGGGCCUGGCCGUCAAGUUCAACAGUGAUACCAACGAGGUAGACGUCCCUCUGAGUACACGGGUGGGGACCCGGAGGUACAUGGCCCCAGAGGUGCUGGCCGAGACCCUGAACAAGAACCACUUCCAGGCCUACAUCAUGGCUGAUAUAUAUAGCUACGGCCUCGUCAUCUGGGAGAUUGCCCGCCGCUGUAUAACAGGAGGUAUAGUGGAGGAUCAUCAGCUGCCAUACUAUGAGAUGGUGCCGUCAGACCCGUCCUUCGAGGACAUGCUGGAGGUGGUGUGUGUGAAAGGGCUGCGGCCCACCGUGUCCAACAGGUGGAACGGUGACGAGUGUCUGAGAACCAUGCUGAAGCUGAUGUCUGAGUGCUGGGCCCACAACCCCGCCUCACGCCUCACCAUCUUACGAGUCAAGAAGACCCUGGCCAAAAUGGUGGAAUCCCAGGACAUCAAAAUGUGAUAUUUUACCCCUACGUACUCAACACAGCCCGAUCGAGAGCCCGAACUCCCCAGUGUGUCCCAAUGUCAUGAUGCAGAAUAUGUCACCUCUGUUCAGGAGGCGGGGGAGGAGAAACAGUGGAUGGGGGGAGGGGGGACCCUGCCACAGGGCCUUGGACAUUGAGCCUCAACCCUCAUGAAUCUCUAUAACCACAAUGGACAGACGCUGCUGCAGAGGUGUUUUUUGACUAAAGGAAACUGUAUAGGUUCACUCUCCCGCCUAUUCCCUCCCUGACCAGAGGAGUUCUGGGUUGUAGGAAGCAACGUCCUGCGAUUUGACGCUUUCUGUGAAAGCCAAAACAGGACAUGGUGUGAGGAGGGGGAAGGACAUGUGUCUGCUCACAUGUUGAUGGACAAAGUCAUAUAUUAUGUAGGAACUUUAGAGCCACACUUCAAACCAAGACACUGCCCUCGCAAUCGUCACCUCCCGCCAAUCAUGUUCAAUUUUUGCCUGUAAAUGUUUUAUGCCAAUUUUUUUCCCCCCUCUUCAGGACAGUCUUCUCCUGCCAUAUGGAAAUAUAACUCUUGACUCUUAAGUAGAGUAAUUAUGAAAUAAGGUACUAUAAUUAUGUGAAUUUAAAUGUAAAUGUAUAUUGGAUCGAUAGAUGCUGUGCCUACAAAAAAGAACCAUACUGCAAUGGUAUUCACGUCCAGUGGGCUUCAAAUGCGACCUGCUUCAAGAGCUACGAGCAAUCCAGACAACCAAGGACAUUGUAAGAGGGGAUACUCGACUUGCCUUAAAUCAACAACUCACUGUGCUUCCUAUAACAAAGUUCAACUCAGUAACUUCUCCUGUCACAUUUGACAUGAAAAGGACAACUGGGGAGAAAAAUAUGUUCUGCAUAAUUCUAUUCAGAAGGAAAUGUGUAAAUAGGAAGUCAAUCUGUGUCCCGUCCUGUCGCUAUGCUUACCCCUUCUUCGUAUUUGUUCCUUUGUGUAUAUACGGUAUGUCUUCUGGGAGGAAUGUCCAGAACACUAAACAUUGAGUCUUGUUCAUAGAUAUUAUAAGCUGAAUUUCCCUCCAGCUCUUCUCUAUUGCUUUUAAUUCCAUGUUGAGUUAUAGAUAUUCUAUGAGUGGCCAACUUUCAUAUUGCCAAACAUCAUGUGAGCUCGGCCAUUGGACUG